AUGCCCUCGAUUAUAACAGGGAACAACAACUUUAGUGGGUUUGGAUCAUCUUCAUCUUUCACUCUUGCCCAGCCAAACCUGAUGGAAGCGUUGGAGAUGGGUCAAAACACUUCAGAGAGUGAGGUCCCUCGAAUCCGCGAAGAUGAGUUCGACAGUGCCACCAAGUCUGGUAGUGAAAACCAUGAAGGUGCCUCUGGUGAGGACCAAGACCCUCGUCCCAACAAAAAGAAGCGUUACCACCGCCAUACCCAACACCAGAUCCAGGAAAUGGAAGCAUUCUUCAAGGAGUGUCCGCACCCAGAUGACAAGCAAAGGAAAGAACUGAGCAGGGAAUUAGGGUUAGAGCCAUUGCAGGUUAAGUUUUGGUUUCAGAACAAGCGUACCCAGAUGAAGACACAACAUGAGCGGCAUGAGAAUACACAGCUUAGAACCGAGAACGAGAAGCUUCGAGCAGAUAACAUGAGGUAUAGGGAGGCUCUUAGCAAUGCUUCGUGUCCUAAUUGUGGUGGACCAACCGCUAUAGGAGAAAUGUCAUUUGAUGAACAUCACUUGAGGCUUGAAAAUGCAAGGCUAAGAGAAGAGAUUGAUAGGAUUUCUGCAAUUGCUGCGAAGUAUGUAGGGAAGCCUGUGGUGAAUUAUUCAAAUAUUUCCCCUUCUCUCCCUCCUCGUCCUCUAGAACUUGGGGUUGGUGCUGGUUUUGGAGGCCAGCCAGGAAUUGGUAUGGACAUGUAUGGAGCUGGGGAUCUUCUCAGAUCAAUUAGUGGACCCACGGAAGCUGAUAAACCAAUAAUAAUAGAGCUAGCUGUUGCAGCUAUGGAGGAGCUCAUUGGAAUGGCUCAGAUGGGUGAUCCUCUUUGGUUAACUACCCUUGAUGCCACAUCCACUAUGCUCAAUGAGGAUGAAUACAUCAGGUCCUUCCCUCGAGGAAUUGGCCCCAAACCUACUGGCUUCAAAUGUGAAGCUUCUCGAGAAACUGCUGUUGUUAUCAUGAACCAUGUCAGCCUCGUUGAGAUUCUCAUGGAUGUGAACCAAUGGUCCACAGUUUUCUCUGGUAUAGUCUCAAGAGCCAUGACCCUGGAAGUACUAUCAACAGGGGUGGCCGGGAACUACAAUGGUGCCUUACAAGUGAUGACAGCAGAAUUGCAACUACCAACACCUCUUGUGCCAACUCGUGAGAGUUAUUUUGUAAGGUAUUGUAAACAACAUUCAGAUGGGACUUGGGCAGUUGUGGAUGUGUCUUUGGAUAAUUUGCGCCCUAGCCCUUCAGCUAGAUGUAGAAGAAGGCCUUCUGGUUGCUUAAUUCAAGAAAUGCCAAAUGGAUAUUCAAAGGUCACAUGGGUUGAGCAUGUGGAAGUGGACGACAGAGGUGUUCAUAAUCUUUACAAACAGCUUGUUAGCUCUGGACAUGCAUUUGGUGCAAAACGUUGGGUUGCAACCUUAGAUCGACAAUGUGAAAGACUCGCUAGUGCCAUGGCAACAAACAUUCCCACUGUUGAUGUUGGUGUGAUAACAAACCAAGAGGGGAGAAAGAGCAUGAUGAAGCUGGCUGAAAGAAUGGUGAUAAGCUUUUGUGCUGGAGUGAGUGCAUCCACUGCUCACACAUGGACAACACUGUCUGGGACUGGUGCUGAUGAUGUAAGGGUGAUGACCCGAAAGAGUGUGGAUGACCCUGGAAGACCCCCUGGCAUCGUUCUCAGUGCUGCCACUUCUUUUUGGCUUCCAGUUCCACCUAAACGAGUUUUUGACUUUCUCCGUGACGAGAACUCUAGGAAUGAGUGGGACAUUCUUUCCAAUGGAGGAGUUGUGCAAGAAAUGGCACACAUUGCAAAUGGACGAGAUACUGGAAACUGCGUGUCUCUACUUCGAGUAAAUAGUGCAAAUUCAAGCCAGAGCAACAUGUUGAUACUACAAGAGAGUUGCACCGAUUCAACAGGGUCUUUUGUCAUUUAUGCUCCGGUGGAUAUUGUUGCAAUGAAUGUAGUUUUAAAUGGAGGAGACCCGGAUUAUGUGGCACUUCUUCCUUCAGGGUUUGCAAUUCUUCCAGAUGGAACCGUAUCUCAUGAAACUGGACCUGGUGGAUCUCUUUUAACUGUUGCGUUUCAAAUACUGGUUGAUUCGGUUCCAACCGCUAAGCUUUCUCUUGGAUCUGUUGCCACUGUCAACAAUCUCAUUGCAUGUACUGUUGAGAGAAUCAAGGCUUCUUUGUCUGGUGAACCUGUUUGA